CAACUUUGAGGAUGAACCCCGCCAACCGCGUAUGAGUGUGACUGAGGUCGUGAUAAUUAUCGUCGACUCGAUUUUGUAUCGGACGGGACUUGCAAGCUGCUGCCAGCGCCCACACCAGCUGUCUUGACCAAAACUGCAUCUGCACAACACAGGACCUGUCAAAUCGGCAACCCACUUUUUUUUUCGUACUAGGUGUUUAAUCCACCAGCAUGCCCGAAAUACACCUCGUCGACCGGACCGCCGAGGCCCGCGACGGUCCGGCCGCCACGGAUGCCGCCGCUGCAGCACUGGCCGGCGCAUCAACCACAGCCACCGGUGCAGGCCAAGCGCAAGCUCAAUCGGUCGAUCCUUGGAACGUUAGCGGAGGCGUCGACGCCGACGGUAACGUCCAGGCCAUCAACUACAACAAGCUGGUUGAGGAGUUUGGCACCAAGCUGAUCGACCUUGAGUUGCUCGAGAGGUUUGAGCGGGUUACCGGCCACAAGCCGCAUCGUUUUAUGCGCCGCGGUAUUGUCUUUUCGCAUCGUGAACUGGAUGUCAUCCUGGACAGGCACGAGAAGAAAGAACCCUUCUUCCUCUAUACUGGUAGAGGACCGAGCAGCGACUCGAUGCAUAUUGGUCACACUAUCCCCUUCGAGUUUACCAAGUGGCUCCAGGAUGUCUUCCAGGUUCCAUUGGUCAUUAUGAUGACAGAUCAUCAGAAAUACCUCUUCAGUGAAAAGAGGACCAUCGAAGAGGUUCAGUCCUACACGAAAACCAACGUUCGAGAUAUCAUUGCAGUUGGCUUUGAUCCCGAGAAGACCUUUAUUUUCUCAGACUACGACUUUCUUGGAGGUGCAUUUUACAAGAAUAUCACUAGGUUAUCAAAGCACAUUACAUACAACCAGGCGAAAGCCAUCUUUGGGUUCAACGACAGUACCAAUAUUGGCAAGAUUCAUUUCGGCAGCAUUCAGGGCGCAACAAGUUUCGCAUCGUCAUUCCCCCACAUCUUCGGCCCUGACGAGAAGAUCACCAGCAAAAUACCAUGCCUGAUCCCAUGUGCCAUCGAUCAGGACCCCUACUUCAGAAUGACUCGAGAUGUGGCCUCGAGGUUGAAAUUCGCCAAGCCUUCCCUGAUCCACGCGCGGUUCCUGGAUGCGCUCCAAGGCCCAGGCUCAAAAAUGAGUGCCAGCAUUGAGACGUCAGCCAUCUUCAUGAACGACACACCAAAGCAGAUCUUGAACAAGGUCAACAAGUACGCCCUUUCGGGUGGUCAGGUCACAGUCGAGGAGCAUCGCGAGAAGGGAGGUGACACCAACAAGGAUGUGCCUUACCAGUAUCUCACCUUCUUCCUCGAGGACGACCAAGAACUCGAGAAGAUCCGCGUCGAGUACAGCACCGGCAAGAUGCUGACUGGUGAGAUCAAAAAGAAGUGCGCCGAGGAGCUCCAGGCAUAUGUUCAGUCCUUCCAAGAGCGCCGGGCGAAGGUGACGGAUGAAAUUGUGGCCGAGUUCAUGAGGGUCAGGCCUCUGAAUCUCAAGUGGGGCAACUUGUCUUCGGUCGAGGCCGGUGCAUCCAAGGCAACAGAAGGUGAUGGUGCAGCCGAGGGCGGCGACGGUAAGAUGACCAAGAACCAACUAAAGAAAUUGGAGAAACAGCGCCAAAUAGAGGAGAAGAAAAAGCAAAAGGAGGCAGCAAAGGGUGCAGCAGCAGCAUGAACAAGCAGCUAGUAAGUAACUAUGCCUCGAGCUUGUGUCUGAGGACGGUGCACAAUGCAAGGACUCUCAAUAAAGAAUAUGAUAGCUGGG